GCCCUCAAAAGAUUUGAUCUUUCGUCUUCAUUCCUCCAACCCAAAAAAACCCAUAGCCAUAUCUAUCUAUCUCAUCUAUAUACAAGUCAAAACACCUAUAUAUAUAUAUGGAGGGUCAUCAUCCACAUCAUCAUCACCAGCUGCAUCCUCAGGUUGCCCACCUGCAGCCCCACCAGUACGGGGCGGGGCUGGACACCGGCGGCGGCGGCGCGGAUAGGUUUCCUCAAUGGAGUGUCCAAGAAACCCGGGAGUUCUUGAUGAUCCGGGCGGAGCUGGAUCCGACCUUCAUGCAGACCAAACGGAACAAGCUUCUGUGGGAAAUCAUCGCCACGAAGAUGAAAGAAAAGGGUUUCCAUCGGAGCGCCGAACAGUGCAAGUGCAAGUGGAAAAACCUAGUCACUCGUUAUAAGGGGUGUGAAACAUUGGACCCAGAAGGCAUGAGGCAACAAUUCCCAUAUUAUAGUGAUCUUCAAGCACUAUUCAAUGCGAGAAUGCAACGAAUACUCUGGAUGGAAGCAGAGGGUGGCAGCGGGUCAAAGAAGAUGAUGAAGGCCGCAAUAGGAUUGUCUUCUGACGAAGAUGAAGAGAACGAAGACAGCGAGACAGAAGCAGAAGCAAACAAGAUCAGCAAGAAGAAAAGGAAGGUGGUGAAAAGCAGCGGGGGAGGAAUAAAUAGCAUAAUCGGGAGUGGGAAUAUGGGGAUCAACAGCGUGAGGGAGAUUUUGGAUGAUUUUCUGAAGCAACAAAUGCAAAUGGAGGCGGAAUGGAUGAAGGCUAUGGAAACGAGGGAAAACGAGAGGCAGGUACGAGAGAUGGAGUGGCGGCAGACGAUGGAGGCGCUAGAGAAGGAGCGGUUGAUGAUGGAGCGGCAGUGGAGGGAGAGGGAGGAGCAGAGGAGAAAAAGGGAGGAGGCUAGGGCAGAGAAGAGAGAUACUCUCAUCAAUGCUUUGUUGAACAAUCUUAUUAGAAGAGAAGACUAGCUUAAUAACUUGCAUUCCAAUCCCAUUCAUUCUAGAUAUAAAUGUAUAUGCAAGCAUUACGAGAGAUGUAAGAUGUAACGAGUAACGCCCUAUGAUUUAUUUGUACCACCAUCAUUUUAAGGACAUUGAUGUUAUUUUUACCACCAUCAUAUCGUAUCUUGUUCAUGUGGACUCAUCAGAAU